AUGGAUACAAAUUCGAUUAUCACAAAAGGUGAAUCAGAAUCCGUCGUCGUGGUAAAUGAUGAUGUUAAUGGACCACCUGUUAUUCAAGAAUUCUUUUCAAAAUUGAAUAUUAAUAUUGAAAAGAAUCGAUGGACUUGUUGCUGCAAUAUUUGUUCAUUAUCUGUUACAGAUACAUAUAAAACAACUUCGAAUUUUUUAAAGCACAUAAAAACUAAACACCGAUUUGCAUUUGAUGAAUGGAAGAGUAAACAUGACCGGGUGGUGAAUGAACAAAAUCAGCCGAAGAUUACAAAUAUUUUUAAUCGAGAGAAUGAAAAAUAUUCGGCCAAUAAUAAACGUCAACAACUCCUCACCAACAGUCUUAUUCGAAAUCUUAUUAUUAAUAUGAGUCUUCCAUUAUCAAUAGUCGACAAUGAGUCGUUUAUGAAUUUUAUGUUAGAUGCUGAUCCAAAAUACAAAAUGAUUAAUAGACGUGAUAUUACACGUUCGUUUCUUCCUAUUAUGUAUAAAAAAUGUAUAAAAAAGCUGCAGGACAUUUGUAAUCGAUCAAAAUAUGUUAGUCUCACUCUUGAUAUAUGGAGUGAUCGUAGAAUGCGUAGUUAUUUUGGCAUUACACUUCAUACAAUUAUUGAUGAUCAAUAUAAAACUUAUGUUCUUUCGUUUGAACGUCUAAAAGGUAAACAUUGCGGUGAUAAACUUGCUGCUGAAUUUGAUCGUGUUAUACAAAUGUACAAUUUAAAGGAUAAACUUGUUAGAAUAGUUACUGAUAAUGCAAGUAAUAAUCAAGCUGCAUUUGAUAAUCUUAUGUUACCCGGUUUUGAAGAAUAUUUUAAUGAUAUUGAUGAUGAUCAAUCGGAACGUGAAACAAGUGAUGAAGAUAGUGAUGAUAAUAAUAAAUUGUACGAAAAUAGUCAACUACAAGCAGAAGAAGUAAAUGAUGAUAUAUACGGAACAACACUUAGUGCACCAGCAGAACAAGAAUUUUUACGAUUACCAUGCUUUAGUCAUUGUCUUCAACUUGUUGUUAAUGAUGGAAUUAAAGCUGGUGGUGGUGCAUUAUCAUCUCUUAAAAAAGUAGCUGAUCUUGCUAAACUUGCACAUACGAGUACAUCAUUUGCAGAACGUUUAGAAGAACAAAAGUACAGUAUUCCUCUUGCUAAUCGAACUCGAUGGAAUUCACAAUUUCAAACUGUGAAGAAAGUUAUUAGUAUUCCAUCCUUCAUUCUUAACUCUAUUUUAACUGAUUUAAAAAAAAAUAAUCUUAUUCUUAAUACUAAAGAUAGAAAAAUUUUAGAAGAUUUUGUUUCUUUAUUUGAACUGUUUAAUGAAGCUACUGUUCUAACACAAGGUGAAUGUUAUGCUACUGUUAGUCUUGUUGCACCUACAAUUCUUGGUAUUCUUUUUGAUCUUGAGCGUGAACAUGCUUCUUCAAAUUUAUCUCUAGUAUCUUUGUGUGAAGCACUUCUUUCAUCUCUCAAAGCUCGAUUUAGAGCAGUUUUUCAAAUUGAUUCAUGUCAAUAUAAUGUUGAAGAAGAUUUAUGGCAUAUUCAAAUUCAUGGAACUGAUCAAUAUACUGAUUUAGUUGCUGAAUAUAUGAAAUAUCAAAAGAAAAAAAUGGAUGAAUCAAAUAUAAUUCUUAUGUUUGGUAAUUUACUUCUUGAAAUGGGUGAAUAUACUAAAGCUGAAGCAUAUUUUGAUACAAUUCUUAAUUCUUCAAAUCCAAAUGAUGAAGAAAUUGCUUGUAUAUUUUUCAAUUUUGGUCGUACACAUCAAUUAAAAGGUGAUUUUUAUCGUGCAAUAAAUUGUUAUAAUCGUGCAUAUAAUUUACAUAUGAAUGCUCGACCAAAACGUUUAACAAGUGCAGGUAAAACUUUGAAUGGUCUUGGAAUUGUUUAUAGUGAACAAGGACGAAAAAUAAAAGCAGAAGAAUGUUUUCAACAAGCUAUGAAAUUAUAUAAAAAAAGUAUUUCAAAAAAACAUGUUGAUGUUGCUGGAACAUUAAUUAAUUUGGGUACUAUUGAUUAUGAUCGACAACAUUAUGAUGAAGCAAUAGUUAAAUAUCGUAAAGCAAAAAAAAUUUAUGAUAGUUCUCUUCCAUCUUAUCAUCCAAAUCAUGCAAUACCAAGAGUUAAUUUAGGUAAUGUUUAUUUAGCUUCUAGAGAUUAUUCAAAAGCUUGUGAAGAAUAUGAAAUUGCAUUGAAAUUACAACAACAAUCAUUACCAAAUGAUCAUCCAGAUAUAGCUCGUACAUUACAUAAUCUUGCACUUGUUCAAAAACAUCUAGGAAAUAUUGAACAAGCAAAAGAAUAUUUAGAACGAGCAGAAGAAAUAGCUGAUCAUACAUUAUCAUCAAAACAUCCAGUUGUGUCUUUAAUUCGAAAAACAAAAGCUCUAAUGACAGAAGAAACCUGA